ACAUCAGCCACCUCUAAUAGUCUGCCAGAGGAGGUGGUAACCUGCCUCCAAAAUGCGCGCUUUCUCCAUCUUGCAACCUGUUCGAAUAACAUCCCUCACGUAUCUUUGAUGAACUAUACGUAUCUUCCCAAUACACCAUAUUCGCCAGCCCCCAUCAUCAUCAUGACAACGCCAUCUUCUUCUCGCAAGACCGACAACCUGGAGUCCAAUACCCGUGUAUCUCUCCUGGUACACGAUUGGAUUUCUCAUCGACCACCUACCCUUAGCCAACAAGGUCGCUCGCCAUCGCCUUCCCGACCAGGUCCACGUUCAGGAUCGUUAGCCGAGCUUCUACUCGGCAUGAACACAGCUUCACUUAGUAGGAUCAGCACCACAAUCAAUGGCGUGGCCGAGAUUGUACCUGCCGGUUCUGAGCAGGAAAGCUGGUACCGGGCCCAACAUCUUGCGAACAACACAUUCGGACCUACCGAUGAGGACGUCUACUCUAGCUCUCCGGUGGGUGGUGGACUGUGG